UCUUUCCUGAUACCAUGCCUCCUGCAGGCAUCAACAUGGCAUCCCAGAACAAAAACACUAGCUUUGCACCUGACCUGAAUCCAUCUCAAGACCACAUCUCCUCCCUCCCCUUCAACUUCAGUUACAGUGAUUAUGACCUCCCCCUGGAUGGCGAUGAGGACAUGACCAAGACACAGACCUUCUUUGCAGCCAAGAUUGUCAUUGGCGUGGCACUGGCAGGCAUCAUGCUAGUCUGUGGCAUUGGCAACUUUGUCUUUAUUGCUGCCCUGGCCCGCUACAAGAAGCUUCGCAACCUUACCAACCUCCUCAUUGCUAACUUGGCCAUCUCGGACUUUCUGGUGGCAAUCGUCUGCUGCCCCUUUGAGAUGGACUAUUACGUGGUACGCCAGCUUUCCUGGGAGCAUGGUCACGUGCUUUGUGCUUCUGUCAACUACCUUCGUACGGUCUCUCUUUAUGUCUCCACCAAUGCCCUGCUGGCCAUCGCUAUUGACAGAUACCUGGCCAUUGUCCACCCCUUGAAACCACGGAUGAAUUAUCAGACCGCCUCCUUCCUGAUUGCUUUGGUCUGGAUGGUCUCUAUCCUCAUCGCCAUCCCAUCUGCCUAUUUCACCACUGAAACCAUCCUGGAUAUUGUCAAGAACCAGGAAAAGAUCUUCUGUGGCCAGAUCUGGCCGGUGGACCAGCAGCUGUACUACAAAUCCUAUUUCCUCUUUGUCUUUGGCCUCGAGUUUGUGGGCCCGGUUGUCGCCAUGACCCUGUGUUAUGCCAGGAUCUCCCAGGAGCUCUGGUUCAAGGCUGUACCUGGCUUCCAGACAGAGCAAAUCCGCAAGCGGCUGCGGUGCCGCCGCAAGACAGUAUUAUUGCUCAUGGGCAUCCUCACGGCCUACGUGCUGUGCUGGGCGCCUUUCUAUGGCUUUACCAUCGUGCGAGACUUCUUCCCUACUGUGUUUGUGAAGGAGAAGCACUACCUCACCGCCUUCUAUGUCGUUGAGUGCAUCGCCAUGAGCAACAGCAUGAUCAACACCAUAUGUUUCGUGACGGUCAAGAACAACACCAUGAAGUACUUCAAGAAGAUGCUGCUGCUGCACUGGCAACCCUCUCGCUAUGGCAGCAAGUCCAGUGCUGACCUUGACCUCAAAACCAGUGGGGUGCCUGCCACAGAAGAGGUGGACUGCAUCAGGCUAAAGUAG